AUCGCACAGACACUCCCACUGAUGCAAAUGAGAACGCGGAUCUCCAUCGUGUGCGGUCGACGCUCCGGCGCGUUUCAUAACACGCCUGAGCUCGAUCCGGUGGUGUGCGCUCAUGUUGCCGGCAGCAGCAGUCACGCGAACCCGGGCCGAGGUGCACCUCAGGCGGCUACUCACCGGCCGAAGACCGCGGCUCCCCCUUCGCGCCUCGGCGGUCAGCCAAGUCCAGCAUACGCAGGUGGACGUGGGAGCUCGACAUGUACACUCAGAAGGACGUGGGGCUUGUUCGGGACGGGACAGCGGUGGGGUAUCUGUGGACUUUGAGCACACCCGGGAGGCUUAUAAGAGCAAGGACUCGUUGGAGCUCCUGAGAAGUCUGAUGGUUCUCAAGAUGUGCUCCUUUGACUUCCUGGUUGAUAAGAAUCAAGAGAUAAUGGAUUUCGGGAAGAAGGUGUUGGGUCAGAAAGCCUUUGAUCAGCUGAUGAAGAUGACGUUUUACGGGCAGUUUGUAGCCGGCGAGGAUCACAAGGCCAUCAGGCCGCUCAUCCAGAAGAACCUGGCCUUCGGCGUGGGCUCCGUGCUGGACUACAGUGUGGAGGAGGAUAUCGGCCAGGGGGAGGAGGAGCCACAGCCAGCAAUGCGCUCAAGUGGCCCCCGUGCAGACAAAGGCGGCGGUGACGACGACAGAUUGACAGUUGGUGGAUCCCAAACAUACUUCUAUGCAGAUGAGAGCAAAUGCGACCAACAUAUGGAAACAUUUCUUAAAUGUAUCCGGGCAUCUGGUGGGAGCUCAAUGGACGGCUUCUCUGCCAUCAAAAUGACCGCCCUGGGCCGACCUCAGUUCCUGCUCCAGCUCUCUGAGGUCCUCGUGAAAUGGCGACGAUUUUUCAGCUUCCUCGCAUCCAAGCAGGAUCAAGAUGGCAUCGAUGUCUUGGAGCAAAAGUUGAAUCUUAAACAGAUGCAGGAAUUUUUGAGCGGCGUGGGUGCAAAAGAUGACUUCUGCAGUGUGGUGCCUGCACAGAAAAGGGAAACUUCAGGCACUAUUGACCUCCUCGAAUGGGAUCGCAUCUUUGAUGACAGAGCCAAUUUGGCGCAACUGCUUGUUGUCCCAAACGUUCAGCUCGGUGAACUGCAGCCUCUGCUGAAAGACUUCACCGCGGAGGAGGAGGGCCAAAUGAAGAGGAUAUUGCAGCGCAUGGAUACUUUAGCCCAGCAUGCAGUCAAGAACGGUGUCCGCUUGAUGGUGGAUGCAGAACAGACCUACUUGCAACCGGCCAUCAGCAGGCUAACACUGGAAAUGCAGAAAGUUUACAACAAAGACAAGCCGGUCAUCUUCAACACCUACCAAUGCUACUUGAAGGACGCUUUUGACAAGGUAACGUUGGAUGUCGAGUUAUCUCGACGCGAGGGCUGGCACUUUGCCGCCAAGCUGGUACGAGGGGCCUACAUGCACCAAGAGCGGGAGAGGGCAUUGGAAUUGGAUUACGAGGACCCCAUCAACCCUGACUAUGAGACUACCAACGCAACGUACCACAAAUGUUUGGAUUACAUUCUGGAUGAGAUCGCCCUCCGCAGGAAGGUCAACGUCAUGGUGGCCUCCCAUAAUGUGGACACAGUGAAACACACGCUACAGAGAAUGAACGAGCUCGCUUUGUUGCCCAGGGAAAACAAAGUGUUCUUUGGCCAGCUUCUGGGCAUGUGCGAUCAGAUCAGCUUCCCUCUAGGCCAGGCAGGCUUUCCGGUCUACAAGUACGUCCCCUACGGCCCGGUGAAUGAGGUGAUGCCUUACCUGAGUCGGAGAGCCCAGGAGAACCGAGGCUUCAUGAAAGGCGCCCAAAAGGAGAGAGAGCUGCUGUGGAAGGAGCUCAAACGCAGAUUGGCCUCCAGGGAGCUUCUCUACAGACCCGUCUACUGAAAGCGGUCCGAACUGACGACGUCAACUGAAAGAAACGGUGUUGUUCAGUGAACCUAUGAAUGACGAAAUGUGAGGACUCACUGGGCCAAAUGAACGGAUCUGACUGCAUCUGUACCCAUGGAAUCUCCCUGGCGGCAAUCUGAUGAGAGCCGAUGAGUAAACAAAUGAGUCCUGGGAGUAAACACAACAGAUGGGACAGACGAUGACUAAUCUCACCGGCCUGAGCCGAGACGCGGCGUACCACGGAUAAUAAAACGCAAUGGAGGGGCGGAAUGGAAAGUGUGUGACUGAAAAUGUGUAUAUUUCACACAGUGGACUCAAUCAUCUUCAAUCAUCUUCACUGAUUCAAAGGGAUUCAAAUCAUCUGCAUACUUUUGAUUCUUUUCCAGGCAGUCAUCAUUACUGAAAAGUUUGUUUGAGAGCAACUACUUUUCGCUGAGAGUGAAGCUGUCAAGGGGGCAAUACCACGCCAAAGUCGAGGGCAACCCCAAACUUUGUUAUUUUAAUGAGCUUGGAUGCCA